AUGGUUUGUCCAAGCAGCGUUCUUGCGCAUUUAACGAAAUUUAUCGUAACAGUCGGUUGCAUAAAAGCUGUUGGUAAUAUCUAUGGUAAAGCAAGCACCUGGUCAUUUCGUGCCUUUCAAAUUCUACUUUCACACUCCAUACUGGGAGCACUCAGGUUUGGAGCUCCAUUUCUCACAUCAGCAACCAAUGUAGCAAAGUACUUAAGGAUCUUCUACGAUUGGUAUUCCAAGAUUGUUGAUGUUGUACCUUUGGCAAUGUUCACUGCUGGUAUCCUACAAGGAUAUGGGAUUAGUGAAAAAGUUUGGCUUAUAGUACUUUCCUUAGGCAUUUUGCCAGUAUUUUUUCACCUGCAACCAAAGCGAAAAGACAGCCAAAUAAGAAGGCAUCAAUUGUUAAUGAAUAUUACUACGAUAUUACAGCUGUUAAUGGUCACGUUGGUUGGUUUAAGAAACAUUAAUUACAACGUUAUUAGUUUAGUUGUCUCAUAUAUUUUCGAACGAUUUUUCAUUGACGAAUUUUGUUACAACUACGAUAUCCCAAGUACCGAUUUGACCCAGUAUUCCCUGUGUUUCGUAGAAAUUUUUAUGGUUUUAACGCUGAAUGAGGUGUAA